CAGACUUCAGUAGCUGUGUGAGCCUCUACACUUUUCAUGCUCACACUGCACAGAGAAAAUGUUCUUCAAAGGAAGAACCUGGCUUUGGUUAUACAUCACAACAGGAAUCAUUCUAGGAAGUGAGCUGGAUAGCCCAGAGCACCAUGGAGAACAUAAUUGUUAUCAGCUUAGCAGGUUUCAUUGCAGCUUUCAGGAAGCAGAAGAUUACUGUCAUGCUCAGGGAGGACACCCUGCUUUCACUUGGAACCAGGAGGUUCAAGACCUCCUCCGGGACUUUCUGGAAGAAGGAAAGAAGUGGUGGGUUGGGGAAAAUUUAACGCUGCUGGGAAAACAUCAAGAAAAAAACAACCCAGCAGAUGUCACAGCCCACUGGGCCCCCACGCCCACCUGCAUUUACCUGUUCCGAAACCCCAGUCGGAUCUCGUCAAAAGUGGACUUGUGCUCACUGGGGCAUUAGUUCAUUUGCCAGGCUGAUGCCUUUUCAGACCAAGAUGCCAGCUAUGAAAGAAAUGGGAAUAAUUCUCAUUCACGUUGGAAACCCAAGAGGACAAAAAGAAGUCACAAUACCAAGAAACAAAAUGAUCUCAGUCCAAAACCCCGCGCCAUUCCAUCAGCCCGUUUCCUUCAAUACCACCUGGAGGCACACAGCAGGGUAUCGGUCACGCCUGUACCUACCAGCCAGCCGCCCCCUGUGCCACCAGAGCUCACCAGGCCUGGAUCUGUAACACAUGCUGGAAAAGCUCCGGGAGAAAUAACUUCAAGCCCCAAAGAGGACGCACAUCCAGGUGUCUUCACCACUCAUCCACAAGCAUCAUUUCAGAGCACAUCUGAUCAGGUUGGUGUCAUCGAUGUACUUAUUGACCUGAAUGAGCAGCUACUGCAGAGCCUAUUUCCGAACAGCAGCAACCUGGGCUCCAGAAUGCCUGUGACUGUCUGCCUCUUUCACUCCCUCAACAACAUAACGAAAACUAGUGAAGCAAGUCAGCAAAGACCCAAGGACGACACUGAGCAGGUAGAAAAUACACUGAACAUGUCCUUGCUGAGCCUCAGGAGGAUCCAGGAAGCGUUUCUACAGCAGAAUGGUUCUGAGUCAGCAGUGACUCUGACCUCUUUCGCUGCUACCCUGUUGCUGAGCAGGCAAAACAUAUCAACUUUGCCUCUGAGCUCUUACACCUUUGGUUCCCCAGCACCUGUGAGGUUAGGCUUUCCAUCAGCGUCAGUCUUGGAGCAGCUCUUGAAUAAACACCCAGGAGUUAACAUCCAAAUCGUGCUAUGGAGAAACGCGAGCACGGGCACCCCAUCCACCAGCCUCAAUGUGAGUGCAGACUAUUUUACUAUCACAGUGAAUGUCACUUCCCUGGAGAAAUCCCUCAUAGUGUGCGUGGAGCCUGAAAGCCCCGUUUCAGUGACGCUCUACCUGGGGUUCCAGCACCAGCCUAACCACACACACUUCCACCUGAACCUCUCCCUGCCAAAGGAAGAGGUGUCACAGAAAGAUGAGCCGUAUACACGGGUGCUGACUCCAGAGAGCCUGCAGGAUGGGGUUGGCACCUACUACAUAACAGCCCUGUUGCAUAGAGGCAAGGAGGGUGCCCAGCAGACGCCCGCCCUGCUCUCAGUGGUCACUGCCGUCACCCAGCGUUACUUCUGGGACAGCGGCAACAGCACGUGGAGGAGCCGCGACGCCAGGUCAGAAGCUGCCCACUCCUGCCUCUCUCCCACCUCAGCUGGCAGUAAACUCAGUGCUCUGUCGUUUCAUUUGGGGCGGCCCGGAAAGAAAAAGCAUUGGAAGGGAAAUAAAUCAUUUUCUUGGUUCUGCUUUUUCCUGCAGGUGAGGGUCACUGUCCUGGCUGAUAAUGACCCCAGCUCUCAAUUCCACUACCUUAUUGAGGUCUCCACGGGCUGUCGAAGAAGGGCUGCUACAACAGCUAACGUGGUUAUCACCCUUUAUGGAUCAGAGCGGCAGAGCGAGCCUCAUCGUCUUUGUGACUCCCAGAAAGCAGUCUUUGAACGAGGGGGACUGGAUGUCUUCCUCCUGGGCACUCCGUCUUCUCUGCGGGAAUUACACAGCCUGCAGCUCUGGCAUGACAGUUCUGGCAUCAGCCCUUAUUGGUAUAUAGGCAUGUAAAUUGUCACUGACAUGGCAGGUAAAAGGAAAUGGCAUUUCCUGUGCAAUUGUUGGCUGGCCAUGGACCUUGGUGACUGUGAGCGUGACUCGACCUUCAUACUGGUCUCAAAGAAGGAGCUCUUUUCCUUUAGACACCUGUUCUCCUCCAUGAUUGUAGAAAAUUUCACCCAGGAUUGUCUGUGGCUCUCAGUCACAGCUUGACAUCGCUGGAACCAGUUUACAAGAGUCCAGCGGCUCACCUGCUGCAUGACCCUCCUCUGCAACAUGGUCACCUAUGUCAUGUUCUAGAAGAUGAACAGCACCACCACCAAGAGACAUGAGCAAGCUGUGGCGGGCCCGUGUGCUGUGACCUGGUCUGAACUGCUCGUCAGCAUCCAAACUGCUGUCACCCUUUUCCCCGUCAGUCUUGGGAUUGGGCGGCUUUUCCCGUUGAUUCAACCACAGGAACCUCUACCUCUCUUUCCUCCCAUCCAGGCCUCCUGCCUCUCAGAUGCUUCUUUUGAGCCUCUCUCUCUCACAGAGAUAGUUGAGGAAUUAAAGGAAACUGUGGGAUUCCUGCUCAGGAGAAAUACAUACCUCUCUGAGUGUGAACAGUCUUCAUGGAGUCUUUCUUACAACAUUAACCAGCUGGUGAAGCUUUUAUCCAGCCUCGUCAGUUCUUACUUCGAGGGUCAAGGCCGUCACCAGUGGGCGGGACCCUACCAGGCAAAUGUGGUUCCUGAAAACCACCGUCAUUUCCACAGUUACCUAAUCAGAGUUCUGCGGAGGCUCCAAUCUCACUUAGGCACCCUGGGUCCCGCCCAGGCCCAUCAGCCUUGUGACUUCCUAGAUGCAGUCAGCCAACUGCAGAAACUCCAGGACACGCGCAUUCUUCCCACAGAGCAAGGGCCAUCCAGGUAAUGCAUCCCCUUCCCCAUCCUGAGCCCAGAAGGGAAGCAGCCCAUCUCUAAUGCCCAGCUCAGAUGGUUGACUUACUUCUGUUGGCUCCUGCUGGGGGUCACUAGCCUGGCCUCAGCCUUUUUUACAGCACUUUAUAGCCUGGAACUGAACAAAGACCAAGCCACCAGCUGGGUUAUUUCGAUAUUAUCAUUGCUUCAGAACAUCUUCAUCACCAGUAAAGGUAUUUUCUCCUCUGACUUUCCUGUCUAGGUGAUCUUCCUCACAUUGUUUUACUCACUGCUGCUGAACAGGAUGCUGUGGCUUCACAAAGAGAAGGAACAUCACACCAAGAGGAUCUUGGCACUCUUGGCAAGAUGUCCUUCAUCAUCACCCGGUUCAAGAGAUGAAAACAACCCCAUCUACGUAGCCCCAGCUAUGAAUGGUCCAGUUAAGCGCCCAGAAAGAACCUUGAAAGAGAAGAAAUGCUUCAAGUUGACAGGAGAUGUUUUGGUACAAAUACUUUUCCUUAUCCUGUUGAUGACUGCAGUCUACUCAGCACACAACUCCAAUAGAUUUUACCUCCGUCAAGCUAUCCACCAGAGCUUUCCUUACCGUUUCUCAGAGAUCAAACUUCUUAACCAUUUCUACUCCUGGGCCAGUAGCACCCUCCUUCCUAACCUGUACAGGGAUUACAGAGGUAAGAACACAGUCCUGGGGCCCAGCCCUGCAAAUUGUCGUGGUCCAAAGGCGCAGACUCAGAAGGCUGCCCAGACUGCCCAGGUUCACAUCCUUGCUCUCCACUUACCAGCAGUGUGUUCUUGGUUUAACCUGCUGUUUGGAUGGAGCAUCUCUGACUACCGAACUUUUCUCAGUUCAGCAGUGACUGUUGUUGGUCUCCUGAUGGGAAUCUCUCAUCACAAGGAGGUUAUUGCUUUAAACCCAGUCCUGGGCUCCUUUCUUACCCUCCUCACCAGUGUCGUUUUGAUGGUACUCGUGAUCAUUAACCUUUUUGUUUCUGCCAUUUUAAUGGCCUUUGGUAAAGAAAGAAAGUCCUUUAAGACUCAGACAGAAGCUGCACUGGCGGAUAUGCUGCUACUGAAGCUCUCAAGUCUGUCAGGAAAACAGCAGCACCAGAACACAUAUUCCUCUGUUUAUGGAACUUGGCACUAUCAGAGGGUUAACACUGCAGGAGUGGUGCAGGAUAAACCAGCUCUGCUGCCAAACAAACACCACGUAACAUCAUUCAUGUUCCAGAGGACUGUGGGAAAUAUGAGUCAGAAGUGAGCUCACUGCAACUUUAAUUGAAGAUACAAGCAUGAGAUGUGGCUGAGGGGGAGCCCUGUCACAGAGAAGUAACCAAGCCAACUCACAGGUAACCAUCUGGGCUUAAAUACUGAGA